GUGUGGAGCCGCCCCGGGGUGGGGCAGCGGCUGCAGCGCCUUUAAAGCUGGGCCAAGCCGGGGCUGCAGCCACCCCGUGAGCCCCGGAGCCCACAGCCGCAGCCCCUCCGCGCCCCUUCCCCGCCCAGUCUCUCGGCAGCCAUGAAGAUGAAGGUGUGCAUCGGCCUCGUCCUCGCCGCGGCGGUGACCGCCUGCCUGUGCCGGCCCACGGCUGAGGCGCCAGGCGCUGUGGGGGCCCCCCGCCAGCCCCCCGCCAGCCUGGUCCGGCGGGCCUGGCCCAAGGCCCCGGCCCAGGAGCAGAAGCACCUCAUCUCCCAGCUCCUGCCCCACAUCUUCACAGAGCUGAGUGACCGUAAGGGCUACGGGGACGAGGGGAUGGAGGCUCUGCAUGACCACUACUACCCCGACUGGAUGGACUUCGGCCGCCGCAGCGCCGAGGGCUCGGUCGAUGCCGCGUAGCCGCGGGGCCGGCGGCGCGGUGCUGAGCACCAGCACGCUCGGCGCACGCCUCUUCCUGCA